UGGUGGUUUCAGCCUAUCUGGUGAAUCUGGUGUCCACCUCAACCUGGGAUUUUCAAACCACCAGACGCGGAAAAACGGGGGUUUCCAUCCCCUAUAGCUGGAUGGUUUAUUUCAUGUGAUGUGGGGGUACAUUUUAGGACACCUCCAGGCUGCCAGGUACUGAUGUACAUCUCGUGAUAUCUCGUGCUGGGUCCCAUGACUCGAGAAUAGAAAACCACUUGUUCCAGGUUGAAACUUCCUGCAUCUGUCUAUGCAUGUCUAUGCAUUUGUCACAAAUAUGGAUUCAGAAGAUAGCCAGGUGCUAACUGCCCGAGGUGCAGAGGAGGAAUCUGUUGGAUACCUCCCGUCGAAGAUGACAGAGCUACGAGUUGGCCAGGCACUUCAAGGCAUUGUCACGCAGGUACGCGAAAGGAUUGCCCUAGUGGACAUCGGAGUUGAAAAGGUUGGAUUGCUCCCGAUCUCCAAGCUGCUGGACGGUCGAGCUCCUGAUCGUGUUUCGGAAGUUCUGCAAGAAGGGGAUCCAAUUACCGUCUAUGUGGCAGAGGUGAUCAACCCUCAAGAGCCUAGAAGCCGCGACAGCAAACUUGUGCUGGCCGGGCACAAGAACAAGAUUGUGAAUCUAAUGCAAUUUGGCAACCGCUCCAACAUCGAGGAUGUGAAGGCGGUCGCUGAGGCGCAAAAGGAGAAGGUGUACUACAAAGGUCUGGUCACAGCUGUGAAGGACAUCGGCGUGGUGGUGGCCUUCCGAAUUCCAGACGUCCCAGGCAUUACAAGUGGCCUUGUCUACAAGACGGAAGUCCAGGGCGCUCCGGACAUCAUGUCAGAGGUCCAGGUCCGAAUCCUUGAGGUACUGAUAGAAAGUAGAAGGCGACAGGUCAAACUGUCGAUGCGAGACGAAGACCCACUGGCAGGGCGUGCCGCCAGAUUUGGUGACUUCAGAGAUAUGGUGGAAAAGACUGUGAAAGGCAAAGUCACAGGUUUCCAAGACUAUGGUGCCUUCGUCGAGGUUGUCUCUGACUCUGGGACCACUCAGAGGGCAUUGCUCCCCAAUGGAGAGAUCAAGGCCGACAGGGUUCCUCAAGAUCCAGCUGAAGUGCUGGAGGAAUUGGGGAUGGAUCAGGAACCACAGGAUACCGCAGGGCAGGGUUGCAGCUGGAGCGAUUCACAACUGCCUGCGAAUCGCAGCCGUCCAGCGGCCCACUGA